GGUCCGGUCCGGUUCUGCACUGACCGGUCCCAGUCCCGGUCCCGGUUCUGCACUGACUGGUCCCGGUUCCGGUCCCGGUUCGGUACUGACGGGUCCCGGUCCCGGUUCGGCACUGACGGGUCCCGGUCCCGGUCCCGGUUCGGCACUGACGGGUCCCGGUCCCGGUCCCGGUUGGGCACUGACUGGUCCCGGUGUCGGUCCCGGUUCGGCACUGACGGGUCCCGGUUCCGGUUCCAGCUCCUGGUCAGCUUUAGGUCGUGGCGGCGCCGCUCGUGUCUCGUGUCCCGCGUGGACGGGGCGGAGCUGCCGGGGCUGGACGAUGUGACGGAGCGAUUCCAGAACAGCCGGUCGGUUCCAUCUCCCCCCGUCUCUGAUCGCUCCAUUUUGGGCACCACCACCAACAUCCUGUGCAGCACCGUGCCCAUAUACUGGGUGUAAUGGGACAGCCCCAUAGAGCGCCCCAUAACAACCCCAUAACAACAUCACCCCAUAGAGCACCCCAUAGAGUGCCCCAUAACACCCCAUAACAACCCCAUAACACCACCAACAUCCUGUGCAGCACCGUGCCCAUAUACUGGGUGUAAUGGGAACGGCCCCAUAGAGCGCCCCAUAACAACCCCAUAACAACCCCAUAACAACCCUAUAACAACCCCAUAGCACCCCAUAGAACAACCCAUAGCACCCCAUAACAACCCCAUAACACCACCAUCAACAUCCUGUGCAGUGCUGUGCCUGUGUACUGGGUGUAAUGGGACAGCCCCAUAGAGCGCCCCAUAACAACCCCAUAACACCAUCGCCCCAUAGAGCACCCCAUAGAACAACCCAUAACACCCCAUAACAACCCCAUAACACCAUCAAUAUCCUGUGCAGUGCUGUGCCUGUGUACUGGGUAUAAUGGGACAGCCCCAUAGAGCGCCCCAUAACACCCCAUAACAACAUCACCCCAUAGAGCACCCCAUAGAACAACCCAUAACACCCCCAUAACAACCCUAUAACAACCCCAUAGCACCCCAUAGAACAACCCAUAGCACCCCAUAACAGCCCCAUAACAACACCAUCAACAUCCUGUGCAGCACCGUGCCCAUAUACUGGGUGUAAUGGGAACGGCCCCAUAGAGCGCCCCAUAACACCCCAUAACAACCCCAUAACAACAUCACCCCAUAGAGCACCCCAUAACAACCCUAUAACAACCCCAUAACAACCCCAUAACAACCAUCAACAUCCUGUGCAGCACCGUGCCCAUAUACUGGGUGUGAUGGGACAGCCCCAUAGAGCGCCCCAUAACAACCCUAUAACAACCCCAUAACAACAUCACCCCAUAGAGCGCCCCAUAGAACAACCCAUAGCGCCCCAUAACAACCCCAUAACAACCAUCAACAUCCUGUACAGCACCGUGCCCAUAUACUGGGUGUAAUGGGACAGCCCCAUAGAGCGCCCCAUAGAUCACCCCAUAACACCCCAUAACAACCCCAUAACAACAUCGCCCCAUAGAGCACCCCAUAGAACAACCCAUAGCACCCCAUAACAGCCCCAUAACACCACCAUCAACAUCCUGUGCAGUGCUGUGCCUGUGUACUGGGUGUGAUGGGAACGGCCCCAUAGAGCGCCCCAUAACAACCCCAUAACACCCCAUAACAACACCCUAUAGAACAACCCCAUAGAGCACCCCAUAACAAUCCCAUAACAACAGCCCAUAACAACCCCAUAACAACAGCCCCCAUAGAACACCCCCCCAUAACAACACCCCAUAGAACAACCCCAUAACAACCCCAAUAAAGGCCGUGUCUGACGCA